AUGUCAGAAAAUUUCCAAACCAUACCUUUCUUUGGGACUGAAAGCGCUCUUCAGCCAUCUCUGCCUGUGCUGAGCAACUCCAGACCCUCGGCAGGAAGGGAGGGCAACUUCCCCAGGGUCUCCACCCCAGCUUGUAGUUCAGCAGGGCUCCUGCCAUCAGUCUCCAACACUUCUCUCCAGCCAAUCAUGAGCAGUGCCUGCCUUUACCAACAUGCUGGCACAACCAUGCUGACAGUGCUGAGUGACCAGAGCCAGAUCUCUACCUCAGCACUCUCCUAUCCAGGUGCUUUCACAUGGGAUCUCACAGGAAGCAAAGAUAGGAGGGCAGCUGCACUCCAGGACUUCACUGUGACCAUCACUGACCAAGACACCACACUAUCUUCACUGUCUGUGACAGCUGGGCAUGAGGAAAUUUUAGAUUCCAAUGCCAUAAUCCCUUUCUGUCCGACACUGUCUGCCAGUUUUGUCCAUGCCAUACUACCACAGAUGACAAUUCAAGGAUAUGGCAUGGUGCCUUCCUAUCAGGAGGGCAGCCAGGUCUACAACCAUAGCUGCCUGGACCCUCUGACACCUGGAGAACUCGAGCAGGGCCUGCAGACCUGCUGUUCUGUGUCCUACCCUGAAAGUCAGGCCUUUGCCCUGCAACCAGACACUGAGAUGGUGCUAAAGGAGAUUCAGCAAAUGAAUGUCCAAAUACCACUCUUCACCUCUGCCUUCUCCUAUUCUGCAUCUGCUCAAACCCUGCCAGACACAAGUCUUCAAGGAGUAGAAAUGGAGACAACCCUGGGAUUGUUACCUUCAGACCAGACACUCUCUCUGCUGCAGAGUCCAGAACUGUCCAACACCUGCAUGCUGAUUCCCCAAAUGAGAACAUCUCCUGUCAAUGGGGACAGGUCCUUAACAGCCCCCAUCCACAGCCCUUCAUAUUUCCUGGCCUUGCCUCCAGUUCCAAUCUUGGAACAAACAGAGAAUAAAAACUUGGAGGACACUGAAGCUGAGCUUUCAAUGCCUCUGGAUGCCUGUAAGAGAACAAAAGUUAACCAAGACCCAGCACUGCUCCCUUUAGAACACCCUGACAUGCAGCAGGCUCUGCACUGCUCUGAUGCUGGGAGCUUAAGGAAGAAGCCUGCUUCUGACAAUGCCAGCAUAGGGGGCAGCAGCUUUGUUCUGGAAGAGCAACAGACAAUGGACAGUUUGAAGAUGUCCACCAUCGACUUUGCAGACAUCACUACCCUGGUUACAGGCAUUCACCUUCCACAACUGUUCAACUCCCUCACCGACCUAGAACAAUUCCAAGAUCCCACAGCUACCAAAUCCAAAAUCUCCACAGUUAUCAGGAGGGAUCAGGCCCAGGACAUCUCAGGAAUUGUUAGUGAACCAUCAGACAAGGCAAGGAAGAAAGACCAUGAAGCCUCCGAGCUGCUUGAUGGAGCUCCUCAAGCCAAAAUCCAACGCUGGGACUUUGUGGAGGGAGAGGAGUCUGUGGGCAGUACUGUGUCCAGUGAAAGAGCUAUUGACAACAUGGCCAAUAACAUGGAGGGCAAAGCUGAGAGAGCAGCAUCCAGGCCCAGGAGAGGCAGAGGACAGGAGCAAGAUAUAACCAAGUGGAGCAGGGAAAACAGCUCCAAGAAGACAGAAGAGCCUAAGCAGUCAAGGAACAGAGUCAAGACAGAAGAGGAAUCCACCAUGCCCAAGACCAAGAGGAAGAGGAAUCCACCUGAGCUCAGCCACAACAGCUUUAAAAGGCCCCGAACCCACCUCGGCAUGCACAUGCUGGAGUCCGUGCAGGUCUUUCAUCCACUGGGGAAGAAGAAUGAGAGGAAAACUGGCACAUGCUCCUCCCGGCCUCUGGGAAUCUCCAGCAGCCACAAAGAUCCAAGGCCAGGCCCACUCACCACAGCACUUCUGGACAGGCCACAUGAGGGCCAGGGCCCUGAAAAAAAUCUAGGCAAGGCUCAGAGAGCAGAGAGAAGUGCUCACAAGGGAUUUCCAACUUCAUCCCAACAUGAGCUGCCCUCACCUGGGAAGGUCAAGUUAGUACCUCUGCCGUUCCCAACCCUGGACAAGCCUCAGGCCAGACCUAUUUCUAGAAAGCCUCUCUCCCUGGCUUCACACAGGCCCACUACAGUUUACUCUGCACAGCCUCAUUCUCACAGGGCUCAGCCUACCACACUCGGGCCAUGCCAACCACCUCCUGCCAGCACAUCUUUGAUGGCCUCUGCCAAGGCAGCUCUGCCAAGUUCCACCAGUGGCACACAGUCUAAUGUAACCAACCCGAUCCAGUCUAGCACUGUGCCUCAGUCAGCUGCCUCAAGGCCUGCACCCUACAGAGCAUCAUCUCAUACUUCACUCCAGAGGGAGCUUGUUUCUGCCAGAAACAAGGUGCUAUCACCUCCCAAACCUCAAACCCAGUAUCUGUUGCAGGACUUUAGCCACCAACCAAUUCCAUGGAGGAAAGUUGACAUUACAGGGACAGUUAUCUCACAUCCCAUCACAAAAGAGCAGAGGCCAGAGAGGGAGGCCAUGAAGAGAAGGGCUCAGCUAGAGCGAGAGAAUUUUGCCAAGUACACCUCCUCUGAGAAACUACAGCUUUUCCUUCAGAGGGAAAGAGAGGUGGAAAUUUCUCAAUAUUAUGGCUAUGCAAUGUAA